GCUUAGCACCAGAGAAAAGGAAUCAGGCUUUGGAACUGACCUUCUGAGCCCUGCUCUGUCCAGCACCAUGCCUUAUAGCUGCUGCCUGCCCAACCUGAGCUGCCGCUCCAGCUGCUCCUCCCGGCCCUGCGUGCCCCCCAGCUGUCACGGCUGCACCCUGCCCGGGGCCUGCAACAUCCCCGCCAAUGUGAGCAGCUGCAACUGGUUCUGCGAGGGCGCCUUCAAUGGCAACGAGAAGGAGACCAUGCAGUUCCUGAACGACCGCCUGGCCAGCUACCUGGAGAAGGUGCGGCAGCUGGAGCGGGACAACGCGGAGCUGGAGAGCCGCAUCCGGGAGCGGUCCCAGCAGCAGGAGCCCCUGGUGUGUCCCAACUACCAGUCCUACUUCCGGACCAUCGAGGAGCUCCAGCAGAAGAUCCUGUGUAGCAAGGCAGAGAACGCCAGGCUGGUGGUGCAGAUUGACAAUGCCAAGCUGGCCGCAGAUGACUUCAGGACCAAGUACCAGACGGAGCUGGGCUUGCGGCAGCUGGUGGAGUCAGACAUCAAUGGCCUGCGCAGGAUUCUGGAUGAGCUGACCCUGUGCAAGUCUGACCUGGAGGCCCAGGUGGAGUCCCUGAAGGAGGAGCUGCUCUGCCUCAAGCAGAACCACGAGCAGGAAGUCAACACCCUGCGUUGCCAACUCGGAGACCGCCUCAACGUGGAGGUGGACGCCGCCCCCACCGUGGACCUGAACCGCGUACUCAACGAGACCAGGAGUCAGUACGAGGCCCUGGUGGAGACCAACCGCAGGGACGUGGAGGAAUGGUUCGCCAGGCAGACAGAGGAGCUGAACAAGCAGGUGGUGUCCAGCUCAGAGCAGCUGCAGUCCAACCAGGCGGAGAUCAUCGAGCUGAGACGCACGGUCAACGCCCUGGAGGUGGAGCUGCAGGCCCAGCACAGCCUGAGAAACUCCCUGGAAAACACGCUGACGGAGACGGAGGCCCGCUACGGCUCCCAGCUGUCCCAGGUGCAGGGCCUGAUCACCAACGUGGAGCACCAGCUGGCGGAGAUCAGGAGUGACCUGGAGCGGCAGAACCAGGAGUACCAGGUGCUGCUGGACGUCCGGGCUCGGCUGGAGUGUGAGAUCAACACGUACCGGGGGCUGCUGGAGAGCGAGGACGGCAAGCUGCCCUGCAACCCCUGCGCCACGAGCAAUGCAUGCGCCACAAAUUCCUGCACCCCUUGUGGCCCACGCUCCCGCAUCGGGCCCUGCAGCACCUUUGGGUGCUAGAUAUGCCGGGCUGAGCAGGAGGACGGUGUGAAGACAGAGGACCAUCCAUGGACCAGCCCUGCUCUCUGACAACCAUCAGGCAUGGGGCUCCACCCCAGGUACCACCAUGAUUCUGGAAAGAGAACAGACGUCCAGGCCCACCUGAUCCUCCUCGUUCGAGGUUGCCCUCCUGCAGUUAUUCUGUGAGCUAAUGGUCUGACAAGUUAGGGCUGUGCAAGUCACGUGACGUGUGUUGUGGUUCUCUCUGCUGCUUUGACCUGCCCUCCAGUUCUCCAAAUCCCUUUGUAAAUCUCCUAAUAAACUGCCCUUGCAAAGCA